CCCUCUCUUACAAAGAAAAAAAAAACCUUAACCCUCCUCCGUCUCUCUCUCUAGAUUCCUUUCCUCUCCUUGAAUUCACAUUCCAGCUAGGGCUUCGAGCUCUCUAAUCAAACCAAAUGAAUUACUAACACAGACUCUCCUUCUCUUUAAAAUGACUCUGUUCACCCUCUUUUCUACUCUCUCCCUACUCUUUCUAUCCACUUCUGGGUCGGACCUCCGAUCCUUACUCGAAUUCAAAAAAGGUAUUCUAUACGACCCACUUGACAAAAUCUUCUCUAAAUGGGACCCCUCUUCUAUACCCGACCCUAAUUCCUGCCCCAAUUCAUGGCCCGGUAUCUCCUGCGACCCCCAUUCAGAUUCCGUCAUUGCUAUAACCCUUGACCACCUUAGUCUCUCCGGCAACUUAAAGUUCUCUACUUUACUAGAACUUAAGUCACUGCAGAAUAUUUCACUCUCGGGUAAUAAUUUUACGGGUCGGAUUGUACCUGCAUUGGGAUCUAUGAGCUCGUUACAGUACUUGGAUCUGUCUAAUAACAAUUUUUCAGGUCCGAUCCCUGGUCGGAUCGCGGAGUUAUGGAAUUUGAAGUAUUUGAACUUGUCAAUGAAUCGUUUUGAAGGCAGGUUUCCGGUCGGGUCACCAGUUGGGUUUAGGAAUUUGCAGCAAUUGAGGGUUUUGGAUUUGAGUUCUAAUAGUUUUUGGGGCGAUAUUAGUGGGGUUUUAAGUGAAUUGAUUAAUUCAGAAAGAGUGGAUUUGAGUGAUAAUGAGUUUUUUGGUGGGUUUAGUGAGAUAAGUGUAGAGAAUGUGUCAGGUUUGGCUAAUACAUUGCAUUUUGUGAAUUUGAGCAAGAAUAGACUGAAUAGCGGGUUUUUCAAAGCAGAGGUAAUUGCGUUGUUUAGGAAUUUGGAGGUUUUGGAUUUGGGGGAUAAUGUGAUUAAUGGAGAGUUGCCUUCAUUUGGGUCUUUGACGAAUUUGAAGGUCCUGAGGCUGGGUAAUAAUCAGCUUUUUGGAGGUAUACCCGAGGAAUUGAUCAACGGGUCGAUACCGAUUGAAGAACUGGAUCUUAGUGGCAAUGGAUUUACAGCUGGAACACUGUCUGUCAUGCAACAAUGGGGAGCCAGUGUAGAGGUCCUUGAUUUGAGUUCAAACCAGUUAUCUGGAAGCUUGCCAAACUUGACUUGGUUUGUGAGGUUAAGUGAACUUAAUCUUAGGAAUAACUCCCUAGACGGCAAUUUGCCUGCUCAAUUGGGGGACCUUUCAACAUCGUCUUCAGUUGACCUCAGCUUAAAUCAAUUCAAUGGGCCCAUUCCAGGUGGUUUUUUUACUUCAUUGACCUUGAUGAACCUGAAUCUUUCAGGAAAUCGGUUUUCAGGGCCAAUUCCAGUUCAAGAUUCAGGUGCUGGGGAAUUAUUAGUUUUACCUUCUUAUCCAUUGAUGGAGUCUCUUGAUCUCUCUCAAAAUUCAUUAUCUGGUAUAUUGCCUUCUGGCAUAGGCAACUUUGCCAAUCUCAGAUCACUGAAUCUUUCAAAUAAUAACUUAUCAGGACAGCUGCCAAUUCAAUUGAGCAAACUAACCCACUUGCAGUACCUUGAUUUAUCUGCCAACAGAUUUCAGGGUAAAAUCCCUGACAAGCUUCCAUCCAGUCUGAUUGGAUUGAACAUGUCCAAUAAUGAUCUUGCUGGAAAUAUUUCACCGAACUUGAGAAAUAAAUUUGAUAUUUCUUCAUUUCGUCCUGGGAAUCCCUUAUUAAUUAUCCCAAAUACCAGGGUUGAGCCAUCAACAAAUUCUGUUCCAGAUCAGAUUUCCGUACAUGGUAAAAAUCACAGUUCAAAGCAUAAUAUUACAAUAGCAGUAAUUGUUGCUACAGUUGGGACUGCUGCAAUGAUAGCUUUUGUUUUACUGGUGUAUCAACGGGCUCAACGAAAAGAAUUUCAUGGUAGAAGUGAUUUUAGUGGCCAAACAACAAGGGAGGAUGCUAAGCAAGGAAGAUCUUCCCAAACUUCCCUUUUCAAUUUCCACUCGAAUGCUCACCGCCCUCCAACUUCAUUGAGUUUUUCAAAUGAUCACUUGCUUACUGCAAAUUCAAGGUCGAUAUCGGGGCAGGCAGAAUUUGAAACUGAAAUCUUUGAGCAUGGUUUGCAUGAAGGAAUGUUAGCUAGUUCAUCGAUUAUUCCUAAUUUGCUAGAUGACCAUCCCACAACACCUGGAAGGAAGUCCUCCCCAGGUUCCCCAUUAUCUUCCUCACCUCGUUUUGUUGAGCCUACAAAAUUGGAUGUCUAUUCGCCAGACAGGUUGGCUGGGGAACUGUCCUUUCUUGACAGUUCACUUGCAUUUACUGCAGAGGAGUUAUCUCGAGCCCCAGCUGAAGUUCUUGGCAGAAGCAGCCAUGGAACUUUAUAUAAGGCUACUCUGGAUAGUGGACAUAUGCUGACUGUGAAAUGGUUGCGGGUUGGACUAGUCAAGCAUAAGAAAGAAUUCGCCAAGGAAGUUAAAAAAAUAGGCUCUAUAAGACACCAAAAUAUUGUUCCACUGCGAGCAUUUUAUUGGGGUCCUAGAGAGCAAGAGAGGCUUCUUUUAGCUGACUAUAUCCAGGGUGAUAGCUUGGCCCUACAUCUAUAUGAAACAACACCUCGAAGGUACUCCUUGUUGUCAUUCAGCCAACGACUAAAAGUUGCUGUAGAUGUUGCUUCUUGUCUACUGUAUCUUCAUGAUAGAGGCAUGCUCCAUGGAAAUCUAAAGCCAACAAAUAUACUCCUGGAAGGUCCUGAUUACAAUGCACGCCUCACUGAUUGUGGACUUCAUCGUUUGAUGACCCCAGCUGGCAUUGCAGAGCAGAUACUGAAUCUGGGAGCACUAGGGUACCGGGCUCCAGAACUUGAUAAUGCAUCUAAACCUGCACCUUCAUUCAAGGCUGAUGUGUAUGCAUUUGGAGUUAUCCUGAUGGAAUUGUUAACCAGAAGAAGUGCUGGGGACAUAAUUUCAGGUCAAUCUGGAGCAGUCGACCUUACAGAUUGGGUUCGGUUGUGUGAUCAAGAAGGCAGACAAAUGGACUGUAUUGAUAGAGAUAUUGCAGGUGGGGAAGAACCAACGAAGGCAAUGGAUGAUUUGCUUGCCAUAUCGCUCAGGUGCAUUCUUCCUCAAAAUGAGAGGCCUAACAUCAGACAAGUCUUUGAUGAUCUAUGUUCUAUAUCUGUUUGAAAUUUUGUACGUGUCCUGGAAUUAAUUUUUGUCAUUCCUCGACCCCCCCCAAUUGCCCAUUUCCCCCAUUUUUUUCAUUAAUUGGUUUUAAAGCCUUCUGAUUUUGGGGCUAGUCAUCACUUUUUUAUUUUGGCUGGAAAUUUUCUUGUAAAGGAACAACCAAUCUAUUGAUUAUUUGACAGUGUUUUUGAGUUCGAUCUUCAAUCGAAAGGAAUUUCAAUUCUUGUGUUCU